AUGCCAAAAAAAACUACAAUCACUCCUCCUGUAAGUUAUCGGGGUUAUGGAAAAGAUGGAGUGGAAGCUUGUAAAGAAAUUGUUAAAACACAAAGUAAAGAAUAUUAUGAAGCAAAACGAACCGAAACUAUAGCUGAUAAUCACCAAAAAAAUAUAAAAAAUAUAUCUGACAACCACGAAAAAACAAUAAAAAAUCUAUCAAAUAACCACGAAAAAAUGAUAAAAAAUCAAACAAAUAAUCAAACCAAAACCAUCCAAACACUUUCUAAUAACCACGAAAAAACUAUAAAAAAUCAAGCAAAUAAUCAAACCAAAACUAUUCAAACCAUUUCCAAUAACCAUAAAGAUACAAUAAGAAAUCAAGCGGAUAACCAAACCAAAAUCAUUCAAACCAUUUCCAAUGACCAUAACAAGACAAUAAAAAAUCAAGCAGAUAACCAAACCAAGUCCAUUCAGACUAUUUCUGAUAAUUAUAAAAAAACAACAAACAAAAUAAGUGAAGAUUAUAAAAAAACUAUUACAAAUAUUAAUAAUAACCAAACGAAAACGAUCAAAGAUUUAAAUGAUACUCACUUUAAAACAACUAAACAAUUACUUGAGGAUCAACGAUUAGCAUUAGAAAAAAUUAGUGAAGCAUUUAUAACUUCUGAUAAAAAUAAAUAUAAAAAUAUUAAAGAUUUAAUUAAAUUAGAAAAAAAUGAUAAAAAUAAAUCUAAUGAAAAAAAUGAUAAAAAUAUUAAAAAUAUUUUAGAAUUAUUAUCAAAAGCUCAAGAAGGUACAAUAGCAACAAAUCGAACACUCAUUGAAUCGAAUAUAAAAUUAUUAGAAUCAAAACCAAAUAAUGAUUCAAAAAAAAUGAAUGUUAAAAUUGAUAAAAAUCAAUUUGAACAAAUAAUAGAUGCGAUUAAAAAAUCAAAUAUAAAAGAACGUGAUCCUAGAUUAUAUCAAACUAUCCUUGAUAUAUUGGCACAAGAUGAUGAUGUUUUUGUUGGUGUUGAACUUCCAAAAUUAUAUACGUGGAAUUUUAAAACAGGACAAUACAAAAUGAUUUUAAACAAAAACGGGCAAGUUACAAAAAAUUAUAAGGGCGGGAUAUAUGUACGUUAUGGAAAUACAUAUGAAAGUGUACAUAAACCAAAAGUAGCAAAUGUAAAGACCCCAAGGAAUUUACCUGUAACUCCACCUCGAAGCCCAAAAAGAGGAC